AUGGAGACCGUCCGCCAGUCGUGCCGGCCAAAGCACCAGGUCUUGACCCUCAAGUGUUAUCCCCGGUACCAGAAAGGCGUGUCGGAGGUGCGCCCGAACCCGAGUGAACUGUCGUAUCUGCUGUACUAUGCCAGCACGCGCCGCAGCAAGUUGACCAAGGUCGGCGCGUUCCUCGAGAAGAGGGUGGCCCGGGAUGUCUGGAGACGCAGGCUGGGAAACGUCCAGGUAGCCCUCCAGAUCAUGACCGCGCUCAUCGAGAAAGUCCCCCGCGAUCUGCCCAUCUACGCCCGGUCCGUCCUCACCGUCAUCGAGACGGUCCUGCGAUCAAAUGAUAUCACAAUGGUGGAGGACUCGAUUGUGACCUUCGAGACUUUUUGCCGUCACCAGGAUAUGGCCGCUAUCGCCGUGGAGCAGGGUCUCGUGCAUCAGUAUCGCGAGGUGGUGCGAACAUAUGCAGGCUUCGCCGAUCCGUCUUCCCCGACGGUGUCGCGCACCCAGAUGAGCCCACCAGUGGCGAUUCGAUGGAGAACUGCAGGAUUGCGCGCGAUCAAGGGCGUGGUUGGUUCAGACGGUCUGGCGGCGGAUGGGGGCACUUCGCUCAGGCUUAUUCUGCCGGUCAUUUUGGAGAAUCUGUACUCGGGAGAGGAAAAUAUCUUGGUCAAUCUCCAAAUUAAGCUCCGAGAUUCUGAAAAGCCUGAGCGCGAGGGGCUCCGGCGUCGUCGGCUGAGCGUCGCCACAGUCCGAACCGUUGAUGCAGCGGAGGGCGAUGCUACACUGGCAGGACAGUCCACAGCCGAUGCAGACCGGCAUGCAGAGAUGGAUACGAGGCUGUUGGCACUGCGCUGUCUGGAACAAAUCAUCGUUUCAGGCAGUAACCGCGGCCAGAUCCGCAUCGCCGCAUCGAUAAUUCUGCGUUUCAUCUCGAACAAAAAUAUUCCGCGACCUGAUGAUGAUGAUGACGAUGGAGAGGCCAACACCCCCAAACCAGGUGGCAACUGGGCUACAACUUUGAUCGAGCUCAUCGCAAAUUGGUGUCCAGUUCAGGUUCGCUUUGUGAUAUUGGUCACAGCGAUGGAGAUUCUACACGACACUACUCCCAAGGAGGAUGCUCUGGAAUCUUCAUUCACCAUUUUGUCGGUGAUUGACUGGCUCUUGAAGUCGCCAGUGAACAUGAUUGGAUUGAGUAUUAUGGACAUUCUUUACGGUCUCAUGCACUACGCGUCGGACAUCCUAUCGCCUCCGGACCGCGCAGAGGAGAAGCAGGACAACACCAGCGCCGUGUUCAUGUCUCCUCGACGGAAAGAACUGCUUGCCCUUCUAGAGCAGUGCAUCGGGAAUCUCGCUACGCAUAUAUACUAUGGCGAUCAAGUGGCCGACAUGAUGAGGGCCAUCCUCCGGCACUUUAAACCCGUCUCCGAGGACCAGGAUACUAAUGUGCCAUCUUCCUUGGCCACCGUCCACGAAUCUGGCGCAGCGUCUCCAAAGGACCAAAACAACACGGAGACGAGUGCGGCCAAUAAUGAAAAGCUGCCCCAUGCCGAAUAUUUCUCGCGUGCUGCUAUCAAACUGACCGCCCUUCGAUCUGUCAAGGCCAUUCUUACUGUGGCAAACCAAAGGGCACUCGCAGCCGCGGCGGGUGUCGAGUCAAGGAACCCAGUGGGCAUCCAUGUGUGGGAAGGAACCCAGGGCCUUUUGCGAGACUCGGAUCGAGAAGUCCGGCAUGCCUAUGCCGAUGCUUUCUUGUCAUGGCUGCAGCUUGAGACCAACAACGAUAAUCUCAGGGCGCGCGUCGAUACGCCCAAGUACAUCAAGCAGCCGUCAAGGCGUGAUUCGGACAUCCCGGACAAGUCAUCGAAUCGGCGCAGCACCUCCGUUCCUGGCAACCAGAGGGAGAAAGUGGCGCUGGCAGCACAGUCCCAUUUCCUGCGCCUUCUUCACCUGGCCAUCUACGAUUCCGCCCUCGAAGGAGCUGCUGAUCUCUCCGAGAUACUUUUUCUUCAUCUCCUUCUGGCAACUCUGGUCGAGAAUCUUGGGGUUAAUGCUGUCCAAUUUGGACUUCCUAUGGUUCUCAAGCUGCAAGACGACUUGUUCACGUCUGCUGAUCUGAAAACAACCGCAGCUCGUGUCAACAUUGGCAGCUUGGUGCAUGGUUAUCUUUCAGCUUUGUCAGAGAAAUUUAAUCUGGAGUCUUCUGCCGUGGGAGCCGAAAUUCGCACCGAGAUUGAAGAGCGAGAGCGCAAGGGUCAAUGGUUCUCCAAGAUUAAGCUACCCGCCAGCGGCCUCGAGGCCAUCACUAUGAACGAUGAGAAGAUAACUGUCGGGGAUGACACGGAACCCCCCGUUCUGACUCCCUUCCGCAACGUUGAGGGGCUGGUCGAACAGAUCGAUAAGUCCUACCGCCAAUCUAGCCCGCAAACUUCACCGAAACGAGGCUUCAGUUUCCCCGUUUUGAACCAUACUAUAUCGCAGCCUCCGUCAGAGGGCAGUCUCCCUUCGCCGGUGAAGGAACAAAUGCUGUCUUCCUGGUCUCGAGAAGCGGUUCUGGCAGCCGCGGAGAAAGAUAGUGUCAAGACACUAUCGGUCAGCGGUUCUCGUGGGGGUACCAUGACCGCGCGCAACAACGGCCAGGCCAACGGAGUCACAAACGGUUCUCCUGCUGGCUCGAUGUCACAGAAGAACCGCCCCAUGAGUGUCCCUGAAGGCACAAGCUCGCCUCUUUACAGCUCCAGUCGAGGUUCUCCCGUCCGUUUCAACGAGCUGCGGCGUGUCCUCUCUAUCAGCAACGAACCUUCCUCUCGGAGUCCCCUGCGAAGACGUCUCGACACCUCUAACAGCAGUAUCAUCUCUUCUGGCAGCGAGAGUAUGGUCAGCGGCCCCUCCACUGUUUCUGUGGACGGGGAUGCCGGGUCGAUCCAGCCGCAGAAUGGAGAGCUGAACCCCGACGACGAAGAUGAUGAUGGAAUGGAGACGCCCCGCGCAUCAGCACUUGUACUGUCCGGGGACGCGACACCAACGGCGGAUAAUCCCCAGGCCCCGAGCGUGGCCAAAUCCGAUGCAUCGGAAAUCCCGCCCGUCCCACCGCUUCCUACCUCGUUGAACAUCCCGGGUAUGUUCCCUAACGACUCGGAGAAAUCACUCGACUCAGUAGACCGCCCGUCUACCGCCCCGGGUCCCUCGCAGCAGUCGUCCGUCAAGGCAAACCACGAGCCUAUCGCGCCACUGAACCGCAAAAAGACCAGAUCCAGCAACAGUCUUGUAUUGACAUCGGAGAUGCGCGCGGACGCUGGACUCGCAGACCUGCUAAGUAACCACGACUUUAGCGGCCCAGACGUCUCAGUUAGUCGAGAGCAUCUGAGGAAGCUCUUGGAUGGAUUCCUAUCUCCUGAAGACAGCCCAUUAGCAAACGGGAACCAUCCGACAACGACAAAACCAAACGGCAAGACUCCAAGGGGCAAAGUGCAAAUUGGUCCCAGCAGACGACACGUCAGCGGAGGAGGCAUUGGACGACCGCCAUAUUGA